ACUUACAGUAUCAAAGAGAUCACAUCAACGGCAUGUCCUUCAAACCAGUGCGCUUAAGACGUAGACUUGUGAAAGGUGAGCAUGAACCGCAACAUCUCGCUCUAUGAAGAAAAUGGUAUCAGAGAAAACUUGAUAAAAUACCUUCGCUGUUUCAGUAAAAACAUCUGUAGAAAAGCAGCCAAAAUAAAGCGGCCAAUCAUCUUCAUUGCUUGUAUCAUCAUUAUCAUGUACAUUGAGUCUAACGGUGAAUGUACAGCAAGAGAGAUGAAGAUCAGAGAGGAAGAACAACAAAAAGCCUUAGACAGAGAGCGAGAGCUCCAGAAAGAGGCUGUGAAAAACAUCAAUGAAGCCAUACACCAGAUUAGAGUAGAGACUAAGACAAAUCUGACUAAAAUCUUACAAGAGGCAGCGAAACACCUGAGUAAAACUGUAAGAAAAACAGUUCAAAGAGAGGAGAAGAAGAGAGUUGAAAGCGAGAGAGCCAUAAGAGAGGAGGGAAGAAAAAAUCUAAAAGAACAGGAACAAUAUAUCAGAGAAAUGGCAGAGAAAGAGUGCAAUGCAACAGUAGAAGAGAUAAGAAAAGAAGUAGCAACAGUUUUGAGUAAAAAAGUGCAGGAGGCACGGCAAGAGGAGAACAAGAAGAGAGCAGAAAGGGGGAGAGAUGUAGCAGAUGAAAGAGAGUAUUUCAUCAGACGGGAGAGACAAAGACUGGAGAGGGAAUGUGAUGACCGGAUCAAACAAAUGGAGGAGGAGAAAAUGGAUCAACAGUGGAAUAUUGACAGACAACAACAGGAGAUAGAAAAGUUAAAACAGGAAUGCAAAUCUCAAUACAACAUGACUUGCACACUAACUGGAUUUGGCAUUUGUCUGAUAGUAGUUUUGUUAUUGUGUUGGUGUGGGGGACCUAGUUCAAGCAAAUAAAGAAGUAGGAUGUAAUGGAUAUGACAGGAGCAAUGGAUAUGAGGCUAAGAAAUGAGAGGAACAAUGUUAAAUUUCUAAAUGUCUUCUUCUCUGUAAAAGUCUUCUCUUGUCUUCUCAUGACAUUGAACAUGACAAUAAAUAAUAUAAAUGUAUUAUGAUUGGAUAUUGUCAGUGUUUAGGAUGUUUGUCCAACGUGACUUAUGAAACCUUAGAUGAAGAUAAUGAAACAACCAUGAGCCUAAUUUAAAAGUAAAAACAAACUGUUCAGAGUAACUGAAAAUGAAUA